AUGAUCUCACAACAGGUACCCAUAGCCAUCAUUGGCGCUGGCCCUGCUGGUCUCACUCUUGCACGACUACUUGAACUUGCCAAGAUAACAUUUGUUGUAUUUGAAACAUAUAAUGUCUCAACGAAGAUUGCAGAUGGGGCAGGAAUUGUUCAUCUGGACAUUCCAGGACAGUCCGGUGAAGAAAAGCCAGAAAUUGACCGCAAAGAUCUCCGGAAGAUUUUCCUCGACUCUAUACCAGCUCAUAAAGUUCGUUGGGGAUUCAAUGCCCAGGAAGUGAAAAAAGACAUCGAUGGAUCAAUGUCCGUUCAUGCUAAGAAUGGUCAUGUUGAAUCUAGAUUUCAACUUGUUGUCGGUGCAGAUAGUGCUUGGUCCAAAGUGAGGAAGCUGCCACCGCAAUAUUCUGGAACUACAUUCUUUACUUCCUAUCUCCGGGUCAACAAUCUAGUUUACUCGUCUGUUGCCUCCAUGGUUGGAACAGGAAACUAUCUCGCCUUAGAUGAAGGAUCUCAGAUAUUCUUGCAUUAUCUGGGUAACAGAUCCUAUCACCUUUCUGUGGGUAUAAGAAUGCCAGACGUCUGGGAUGCAGAGGCCAGAAGUCUCCGUGAUCCUUCGGCUAUAUUGCAGGCCAUGACUCAAAAUGUAACUGAGUGGGUUCAGGAGCUUACGGAGCUGAUCAAGUCUGCCGAUCGGAGUUUCCGCCCCUGGCCGUUGUACACAUUGUCAAAAAGCUCUGUUACCUGGGAGCAUAUGCCUGGGGUGACACUGCUUGGAGAUGCUGCGCACUUAACUUAG